UUUACCCUCCUGCGAAAUUCAGCCGAGAGCUGGGCCAAGAGGAAAGCAGCUCAUUUUCGCAGCAUGCAAACCUGCUCAGCCCUGGUCUGCCUGCUCCUGGCUGCCAGCACCCUGCCUGCCAGGUGCUCGCCCACCGAGCCCAGCUGCCUCCACUUCUCGGAGCUCCUGCCUGCAAAGCUCAAAGAGCUGAGGAUCAAGUUUGAGGAAAUUAAGGAUUAUUUUCAAUCAAAAGAUGACGAACUUAACAUCCAGUUGCUCAGCUCCGAACUGCUGGAUGAAUUUAAGGGGAGCUUCGGCUGCCAGUCCGUGUUGGAGAUGAUGCGGUUCUACGUGGAGGAGGUCCUGCCCAGCGCCAUGGGGACCAGCACGCACCACCGGCAGAGCGUGGGGGACCUGAGCAACCUGCUGCUGAGCCUGAAGGCGAUGAUGAGGCGCUGUCACAGGUUCUUCAUGUGCGAGAAGAGGACCAAAACCAUAAAGCACAUUAAGGAGACGUUCGAUAAGAUGAACGAGGACGGAAUCUACAAGGCCAUGGGAGAGUUUGACAUUUUCAUCAACUACAUCGAAGAGUACUUGCUGAUGAAGAGAUGGAAAUGAAAAUGCCCAGGGGUCUGCGUCUUUCGCACAAAAUCCUGCUGUUUUUUCAGAGAUCACUUUAGACUGCAAGAGCACACGAGAGACUGAGUUAUCUUAGGGUUCAAGUGAAGAAUUACAGGUCAAUAAUUUCAAGUUUAGUGUUGUAUUUAAAAGUUAUUUUAACAACUGAAUUUAAUAUUUAUUACUUCUAAUACCUCAGUGUUUAUGUUUACAAUAUGUUUUGAAAAGUGGGGUGAGCUUGUAAAAUGCUAUUUAUUGUUCAAUUUUUUUAAUACUGUUUAUGAUAGCGCUAUUUUAUUCGUAGCUUCCAACCACCCAAAGCGGCGUUCCUCUGGGGAGCAGAUAAGGAGCAGAGCUUAUCCUGAGUGCAAUUUCACUGAGCACGGUUGCCUCAGCAGCAGCAAUUCCAGCUCUGAGUUCAGCAAAGUUUAAUUUUAAGGAAGUGAGGACUCUCUUCCUGUUCUAGCCCUCUAUUUAUGCAAUCAAAUGUUUUUAUGCUUAACCACGUCACUGUCUCUGGGUCUGCAGUUGGAAUCAGGCACUGAAACAUUGAAAAUUAUUCCAUGGCCUUGCACUGAGCAAAAUAAUGAUAAAUGUAAGCGAGGGCACUUUUUUUCUCCUGUGCAUGGAGAGCAACGUGGAGGAGAAGGACCUGCGCUCCUGCGAACAACACGCGAUCACGCCGCAGCGGGAGAUCAGUUAACCCCACCUCUAGACUUCAGCCUAUAUAUUAGUCCAGGUUAAAGAAAAAAAAAUAGUAGUAGGAAUGAAAUGUUUGGUUCUAAUAGAACUUGAUUUAAAUGUUGCUAACAACUGACUUCCAGAGCUCCUGGGUCAGCUGUUCUGCACUUUCAAAAGUUAAUCUUACUAAUUUCCAGUCUUUGAUUGGGUUUUACUCGCUGUUUUGUUGUUGGUUUUUUUUUUUCUUUUAGAAGUUAGAGGAUAUUUAAUUAACCACCAUUUUAAGGUGGCUUGGGUAAUUUGCAUUCAAAUUCAUAAAGCUGCACGCAGCGCUGACAGGGUUUGUGCUAUUUCUCAUCCCACGCACGAGGAGCCGCCGCGGAUGAGCGCUGCAGGGGAAGGCUGCACCGAGAGCAGCUUCGGGGCCCCCAAGGGUGGCUGAUUUUUGGGCUCCCCUUCCUCCUUGCCCUGGUCUCCUGCAUGCCCCCACGAGCGCUACAGGACACCGAGCCAGAGGAAAACGCCAUAACCCAGAGGCAUUUGCUUCUAAUAUUUAGAAGUAUUAGGGCACCAGUAUGAUGAAACACUGUCAGUUUGUUGUUUGCUUUGUAAGUUACCACUGAAGAGAGGUUAUUUAUAUUUGAUUUAUUCUAUUUGUACAUUUAUGGUGACAGAAGGGCAGUCCUGCUGGCAGCCUGCCCGCACGGGAAUUAGUUAUCCCAAAGCAGGAAUGCUGCUCCGUGGCUCGCUCCUUCUGCUGAAAGCAAUCGGGUGGCAUCGGCUCAAGGGCAGCGUGGGAGCCAAGCACUGUAAAACUUCUUUUAAGCUUCUUACCAAGACACAUUGAGUUCCUGUUGAGCCAAUUUCUGUACUCGUUUUUCCACCAAACGCCUUGACUUCAGUGAGAAGGGAGGACGGUCCUGGAGAGAGCCAAGAACAUCGGCGGCUCCGUUCCCGGCAGCAGCACUGGCGGGGCACCGUGCCUUGGCCACGGCUUCGGUCACUGUGUGAACUUUUGCAUGUUCAUCUGUAC